UUCACCUUAUUUAGCUCUGAAUUUUUUUGGCGCGAAAAUGCUCAUAAAAGAAACUUAUGAGUUGCGAGUGUGACAAAAAUCUGUUUAUAAUUUUAUUGGGUUCCAAAUGGGAAGCUUAGGGUUUCGUCCUCCCCAAUUUUCCGAGGAAUUGGCUUGGCUUCCAGCUUGUCUUCAACGAAUCACAGAUUCCGCAGGGCAGCCCAGAAGCCCUUCUCACCAACAAUUUAAGGAGUUUUCAUGUAUAGAAGGAGAAGAUUCAGAAUUGCUGCUGUCAAAGGAAGAUAUUCGAUGUAAUAGUUUUUGUCUAAUCUUAUCAGGAGAAGACAAUUCGCCAAUUAGUUCUUUUCCUUCUUCCAAGGAAGUGCUUCAUUUCCGUCUACAUCUGUCAUCAGAUGGUGAUUCACAGUACUACCAAAGUCAACUUUUUAGUGCAGCUUGCACUCAGCAUGGCUCUAAAAAUGUUUUGCAAUUACCACAAAUUGAAAUACCAGCUGGAGAAAAGAGUGACCCAGUAAAAAAUGAAGAUGGUGCUUGUUGGUUAAAUGCUUUGCCUAUGAUUUCCAUCCCAAGAGAUGUGGAGAAUGUUGGGGAAAAGACUGCCCUGAUACAAAAUGAAGGUAGUGCUUGUGGGGUAAAUGCUUUGCCUAUAAUUUCCAUCCCAAGAGAUAUGGAGAAUGUUGCAGAAAAGACUGCCCUGAUACAAAAUGAAGAGAGUGCUUGUGGGGUAAAUGCUAUGCCUAUAACUUCCAACCCAAGAGAUGUGGAGAAUGUUGGAGAAAAGACUGCCUUGAUACAAACUAAAGAUAGUUCUUGUGCGGUAAAUGCCUUGCCUAUGAUUUCCAUCUCAAGAGAUGUAGAGAAUUUUGGUGGACAAUCAUCAAAUCACGCCAAUGAUGGCAGUGAGCAUUCCAUAGAAAAAGUCACUGUCAGAAACCUCAAAAGUACUGAUAUUAAAGAUGCAGUCGAACUCUCUAUUGCCGCAUCAGAAGCUUUAGUAAUACAUGAAUUAGUGAAGAGUGACUCAGGUGCAGAAGCUUUGCCUACAGCAGCAGUACUUGAAGCUGCCCUUCAGGUUAAGCAAGCACGUCUGGAGAGCUCAGAAGACGCAUUUGAUUGCCCAGCUGAAACAAGUGAUGAGAUGGACUUUCUUCCAGACUUGGAUGAUUUAACCAUGGCUGAUGCAUUUGAAGAUGUUGGAUUAUCUUUUAGUUGCUUUAGUAAUCAGCAUGCUUGUGGUUCAGAUGUAUCUGUAGUCAAAGACACUCCUGUAUCUGAAGAUUGUUUCAGGAGUGGGAAUAGAACUGAAAAUGCAGAACACUUUUCCCCUCAAAAUAAACCUUCUGAUUAUCCAACUUCUAGCUCGAAAAACUCUGAUCCAAUUUUGCAUGAGAUGGUCGAGGAGAUUUCACAUGUUUCAGCAACUGCAGAGAGAGUUGGCUUUUCAAAAGUGGAUGCUUCUCUUCAAUCUCAGGCUGAUUUGCAUUGUUCUGAUUUAUGUGAUCUGAAGAAUGCUGCAGGGGAAAGUACAAGUCCAUUUGUCACCGAUGGAUUCAGAAGUCGUUGGUUAGGUGGUUGGACAGGGAAGAAGGAAGCUGAUCCUGAACAGCUGAACCCAAAAACCAAAAAUAUCACUAAGUCUUUUGCUGCUGAGACUAGUUUCUUCUCUGAAUCUGCUGAUGUUGCACCUGAUGAAAACUCAUUAGUCAGGAAGUGUGCAAACGAGAGAUCUAACAUAGCUUCGGAUCAAAGCGUACACUUUGAGGGUUUACCUGACCAAGUUGAUGAGGGCAUUAUGGUUUCUCAAGAUGUGAGAUCCUCUUAUCCAUCCUUGGUGGAUCCCCUUUGUUCUGUUGUUCCUUGCAGUAUUUCUUCAGAAAAUGCUGGUACUGCAUUAGGUCAGAAUGGAAAUUCUGGAGAAGGUAGUGCGAGAAAUUGUCCAUUCUCCUCAGUAGGACCUCAGAAUGAGAAUAUGCAUGUAGAAUCUAUAUUUGAGACCAGGCAAGACCUGCCGGAAUUUGAUGGUGAAUAUUCUGCACCAAAAGUUCGGAGGCAGUUGACCUCACUUAAAAUAUAUAGUAAAGUUUUGCAUGAAAAUGAUUCAAUUUUGGGAAGUCCAAGACUUUGUGUUAAUCAAUUGACCUCUUUACACUUGAGAGACAAAAACAGUGGAAUUAGAUUUUGUGAUAAAAGAAAUUCUGAGAUGUCCUUGGUUCAAAGCUCCAAACCUGAGUGUACAAUUGGUCGAGAUGCCGAAGAAAAUAUUGCUGUGAAUAAUCCAGAUGGAGAAGGAGUGAAUGAUAAGCACUAUGAACAUCCUAAAGAUAGGGCUCAGUUGCAAGACCAGCCAUCCAUGGGAAAGAGCUCUCUUCUUAUUCUACCACAAAGGAUGCGCCAACGACUUCAGGCAGCCAAACUUUUGGAUUGUGGUUCAAAGGCAAAUGCUGAACAGAUUGUUGCAGAAGAUGUCUCUGUCUUUCAUAGCUCAGGCAGCAAUAUUCAAGGGAUGCAAUCUGAGUGCAAUAAUGAUAUGAAGGUUCCAGCAAGAAAAAGGGUUCGUUUCUCAGAAAUCGAAGUUGACUUUCAGAAAAACAAGGAGCUCACCACACGACAAUCUUCACACGAAAAAUCGUCUGCUUUGAGACCUGGCAAAAGGUUUAAAUCAGAUGCUCAAAUUGAAGAUGGUAAAGGGGGCUCAACAAUGCACUUCAGGCAUCAGAAGUGUUUUUUAUUUCAGGAUAUAAAAUUUCUGCUUACAGGAUUUUCGAGAGCGAAGGAAAAGGAAAUUGAAGGAUUGAUCUGGAAAUAUGGUGGUAUUGUUCUGGUUGAUAUUCCAUCUCCUUCGAACAGGGGAAAGAGAUGUUCAAGGCAUAAGUUCCAGCAGCUUCCUAUCAUUCUAUGCCCAAAGAAGCUACAAACAACCAAAUUCCUGUAUGCAUGUGCGGUGAAUUCAUUAAUUCUAAAAGAUAAGUGGCUUACUGAUUCAGUUACAGCUGGUUCUGCGUUAUCACCUGAAAAAUACAUGGUUCUAUCGAAUCAACCAGAAACUAGGCUUACAAGAAUUUGGAAGCCUGUACGUCAUGAUAACAGUGGCUAUAUUUUUGAUGGAGUAGGAGUUAUUCUUCAUGGGAAACUACGUUUCUGCACCAAAUUUGCAAAAGUAAUCCAGCAUGGAGGGGGACGUGUGUUCAAAACUCUCCUGUGCUUAAUUCAAAAUCUCGAUGCUGAGAAAAUAUCGAUGGCAGUUAUUGUUUGUGAAGGUGAGAAUAGGGCGUCUCGUCACCUACGACAAUGUGCUUCAGAGAGAACAAUACCCAUGAUGCCAAGUAGUUGGAUCGUAAGGAGCUUGUACUCAGGGAAGCUUCUUCCUUUCAACGAAAAGAAGCAUACCACUUUGCAUGCUGUGACGACUUCAGAUUGUAUGAUUUCUGAUAAUUGGAGUCAAGAAAUUUGAACCAUGCUUGAUCAUUUCUCCUUAUGGAGUUGGGUUUGCGAGCAUUUCUCCUUACGGAGUUGGGUUUGCAAAAGAAGGAAAUCAAGUCAAAGGACUUGAAGGACACAUUUUCUGGUCGGGUAUGGUUCCAUGGAAUGGCAAGAAUAGGGAAUUAAUUGUACAUUUGUUGUCAUCCCUUGGGUGACCAUGUUUCUCUUCCUUUGUCGGAAUCUGCCUACCUCAGCUUGAAAUUUGAAGUAUCAAGGUGAAACCAUGAACGUGGUCUUUGGUCGUAAGGAUGCUGGUUUUAAAAGUUGCCUUUUUCCGACCUGUAUGACCCGACCUGAGAUCAGAUUGCUAACAGUAUUGCUUGGAAAGUAACUGUUUCAUCACUAGAAUAAAUGGCCUGGUCUAAUGUUGUGGUUCCUCUUACCUCACUUGGCUUCUCUGAGGCAUGAUCUCAACUUAGUGCAGAGAACAUGUAUGUUGGAGCUUGAUGACUGCAGUGUCCAUUUCUUUUUUUGGUAUUCUACAAGUCUGUUUUACGAUCCAUGUUUGGGGUUUGGGGUUCUCUCUCCCACAAUGUCAUCUCCAAAGUUCAAACUCGCAUCCCCCUUUAAGUAUGUAAUGUGUCUUACUAUUGCACUCAACACUAGUUAGUUUACAGCGUCCAUCUUUAACACAGUUAAAUAUAAGGAUUACUAUCCCCGUCUAUGAUGCCGAGUUAAGACAACAGAGUAUAGCUUCAGCGGAGAUGGCCUCAGGCUUCUCUAAGGCAGAUCUUAAGGUAGUGAGGAUAACAUGAAAGUUGGAGCUCGAUGACUGCGGCCUCCAUGUUCUUAACAAAUUACCUGCACAAUCUAUGAGGUCGAGUUAGGAUAGCGGACUAGAUGGCCUCAAGUAUUCAAACCUAGUUGGAGUUCAGAAAAUAGAUGGUUUUGAUAUGGCAAACACAGUCUCCUUUGAUAACCCAUUAACUUUCAAACAAGCUUCUGGAGUAGUUCUUCACUUCUUCCAUGGUUUCAUUCGGCUGUUUCUAUCAAAUUGCAGUCUGCUGGUUAUCCUGUAAGUUAGUUACACAUACUUUACUUUAAACAGAUGUUAUAGUAUGACUAAAUUAUAUUUAAGAAAAUGAUUCAUUUUAUAAUUGUAGGAGAUGGACGACUUCUUAUGUAUUCAUUUUUUCUUUAAAAAAAAUGUAGUUUUGAGGUUUACCAAUACCAAAUGCUAGACAUCAGUGAAUCAAAGAGAAUUCAGUCUCAGAUGUGAAGUUUGAUUUGCA